AUACACUUCACCUCUUGUGUGUAACCUCGCGAGAUUUCACCAACCACGCAUUGUGUAAGAAAGCCUCCUUGAAUGCAGCACAUGAGCGUGACAUUAGCGUAAUAUCCAGCCCGAACGACGUGUCUUAGCGCCAUAAGUUGUGUAAAAAUGUUAAUUUUCACAAACAGAGUCAAAUUCUGCUCCCUGGCGUUUACCGCCGCCCGGCUGUACAGCAGCGGACCCGCGGCUGCCAACAAGAACCCGAUGGUUUACUUUGACCUGGCUGCAGACAACGAGCCGCUCGGCAGAGUUACAUUCGAGCUCAACGCAGACGUUGUGCCAAAAACUGCAGAAAACUUCAGAGCGCUGUGCACAGGGGAGCAUGGCUUUGGGUAUAAGGGAUCCAUUUUCCACAGAGUGAUCCCUCAGUUCAUGUGCCAGGGGGGUGACUUUACAAACCACAAUGGAACUGGAGGGAAGUCCAUCUAUGGCUGGAAGUUUCCUGAUGAGAAUUUCAAACUCACGCACACUGGACCUGGUAUUUUGUCUAUGGCCAAUGCUGGACCCAACACCAAUGGAUCCCAGUUCUUCAUCUGCACUGUUAAAACAGAAUGGCUGGACGGCAGACAUGUUGUGUUUGGCAGCGUGAAGGAGGGACUGGACGUGGUCAAGAAAGUGGAAACCUACGGUUCGCGCUCCGGGCGAACCUCCAAGAGGAUCUCCAUCACAGACUGUGGAGAGCUCAAAUAGACUCCUGUGUGAACAGUCAUCAUCUCAUCUCCUGCUAUGAUCCUAACAGAACAAUCAGAAUGAAAGGUGCUCUUUCUUCAGUCUGGGCUGAAAAUAGAGUAUCUCAGAACCUCACUUAUUGUUUUAUAUAUGCGCUCAACUACUGUUUUGUUCUUUCUCUGGACACCAAUGAAAGCACUCAGCAGUGUUGUUGCUUAAACUGUGAACUUAUAAAAUGGUUUGUCGAUGGUUCUGCUUUAUUUGAAAGAAAUUGUCUCAUUUUUCAAGGUGGCAUUUAAAUUUGACCAUAUAUAUUUAUUUUUUAAAUAUAUAAUGUUGUCAUUGCCACUUGGUGUUAUGGAUUUAUACUACUGUCGUUUGAAAAGAGCCCACUCAUUUCAGUUGAGGGACUGGCUGAAUUAAACCCUCUGAGUCAAAGGAGCGUGUGGUUUUUAAGGAGCUAUUAUUUUAUCACCAGCUGAAAGGGAAACCGUUUGGUCUUCUAAUUUUGUGUCACCACUGAUAAUACGUAUGUUAUGUUCCAGGAUUGCUGCUGCUGAUGGCGUUUAAGCGAUAAAAAUACAGACCUAAUAACCGAAUGUGAAUAGAAAAGCUGUCCAACACACCCUGUCAAAGAUUCAGCCUGCCUAGACUGCCUCUGAUUGGACAAGCUGAACAAUAGGUCAAAUGAAUUCAGUUUGGAAAAUAUUGAAACAUAAUUAAAAAACAAAGUAAGACAGUUAAAUGGGGAAAUAACGAGAAAAGUUAUUCUUACAAUGCCCUCAGACAAGCUAUUUGUUCCAUUUCCAGCUAUAGUGCUUCCUUAUCUUUGGUUAUCCAUAAUAUAAGUAAUCUAAUUUGGGCUGCCCAGUCAUAAUUCCUCAGAUCAGG